GCCCUCGGCAGGAGAAUAUUGGUGAACAGCAGCUUACAGAUGAACUGUGAGGAAUAUUUUUUUAAUUAUUCCAUCGACGUUAUACAACAGCCAAAAAAUUACUCCAUAGAGAUUGGAUAUUAUUUCAAUGGAGGUGAAAGCCAGUGGACAAAGAGGAGAACCAUUGUUAAAAUGGUUCGAAUUUCUGAAACGACAAUAUACAAGUGUGCACUUAUGGAUUCUCAUCACCUAAAGCCAUGUGUUGAUGACUGGAAAAUGUACACAAAUAGGCAAAAUGCUACUAUUAGUUUCUCGAAAGUUGACGAAGGCUGUCUUGGUGUGAAAUAUUUCAUGUCUCCAUAUCUUCCAUGGAAGAACGUUUACAGACACAUCAGCCUUUGUGUUCAAUUUUCAUAUCGGCUUCCAUCACAUGGGUUAUCUCAGCUUGAUGUUUACCUUAUCACUGAAAACGGGACGUCACUACAUAAAUGGUCAAUUCAAGGAUAUCAAAGUGAAGUUUGGAAUAGGGGAGGUAUUCCUGUUCAAAGCAAAGAAUCUUUUAAGAUAAUGUUCAGAUUUUCAUCCAAUCAAAUGAAUAAAACUCUAUGUGGGAUUCAAGACUUCCGACUGUCCCUAAUGGCGUGUCAAGUUCUUCCAGAGCAUGCUAAACCUGGGUAUCGAUGUCCAGACUCUCAAUAUCAAUGUAAAAGUACAAUUGUGCCGAUGGUUCCGAUGAGAUUGAUUGUACCUGUCUUACUGCUCAAUUCAAAUGCUUCAAUGGCCGUUGUACAGACGCAUCAAAACUCUGUAAUGGAAUACCAAAUUGCAAACAGGCAGCAGAAGAUGAAAUGCGGUGUGGAAAAGAACAUUCACAGUGUCCUGAGGGUCAAUGCAUCGAUGGAAAAUGUUCAACGUCAACAUCCCCUUGUCAAGAACGGACGUAUGAUAUUUCCGAAUGCUGGAGCAAUAACUACCAAAAAGAUAUUUGCCGGGAAACAAAUGCCAAUUGUAAAACAACGAAAGGUAAAGAUUGUUGGCAACUCAGAGGGAGAUUCAGUGCCAGUUGCUAUUGAUGAUCUUAAUUUUAUUGAGACCUCUUGUCCUCAAGUUACAAUUCAGACUAGCCCUUCAUGUUCUUUUGAUUUACUUCAAUGGCCUUGUAACAUAAAGAUCGACAACCCAUGGAUACGUAGCAUUAGCCAAAACAGCCGACCAGGUAAUACCAGCUUUGCAUUAUACCUGUCGAUUUCAAACGUGUCUAGCAAGAUAUCAAGUACUGUGCUCAGACCAAAAAGAGAUGGAUUGAAGUGCUUACAAUUUUGGAUGAACAGUACCGGGAAAUAUACAUCAAGAAAUAUGGAUAUUCUUUAUAAGACUCAGAACAAUUGGACAGUUGUUUUUAACUACAAAUCGAUUACACCAGGAUGGGUCUACUUUCAGUUGCCAAUACCAGAGGAAAACAAUUUACAGGUUGCAAUAAAAGGAGAAAAAAGCAAGUAUUCGUCACUUUCAAUAGAUGACAUUGUAUACACGAAAUACCGAUGCAAAAUGAUCCCUAAUAUCAAUUCGGGAAAAGAAUGCAUUGAAUAUAGCGUUCUGGAUUCUAUUGGACGUAGAAAGGACUCAAAGCCACACUCUACUAUGACAUCCGACAGUGCCAUCAUUUCAGUAAACGUAUGGUAUCGUGUAACGGGGUAUGCUGGGAAUCAGAUUUCAAAUCUUUGGUCUCGGUAUUUAUUCUGUGGUGGAGACAACCCAAGCUGGAUAAAUGGAUCUAUGCCGACUUUUGCUCAGGGUAGAGUAAUAAGGACAAUCUGCACCUCUUUAAGAGGAAAGAGUUACUGUGUGAGAAGUGGAAAUGUCACUAUACGUAAUUGUGGUGGAUACUUUGUUUAUCGCUUUCCUUCAACGACCUUUCUGUUUGGACAUAAUGCUAAAGUGUGUACAGAGUACAGUUUCAUCAAACUAACAACUACUGCAGAAUGGCAAAACUGGAUAUAUAAUACAACUCUGGAAAGCUGGAGGAUCCUAAGUAACAAACAGUUUAUCUCCGUUUCAAGAUCCAUGAAGUCUGAUAAAGGUCAGUACCAUACUGGUCCACGACGUGAUGUAGAGGUUUCAUUUGAUGUCCAAGCUGCAGAAGUAGAUGUAGCAGCCUCCGUGACAAAUGUAGAAGAGUCUUUCACGAUGUGCUUUUGGAUAUCUUCGAAUUCAACUAUGCCGAAAAAAAAGAGGAUUGAGAUUGUUUUAAAAUUAUUAUAUACUACUUCAAACAGAUGGUAUAUUUUCUUUCACGGCCGUCCUGUUUGGAGACACAUAUGUUUUGCGAUCCAACGUGAUAUCCAGUUGAUUUACUUGGAUGGAAUAGUGACGAAUAAUAGGAUUUCCGGAGUGUAUCGCAAAGGUAAACCAUCAUAUUUUAUAGUUGGCUUCUUUUCAAAUGAAAGCAUUCAUUUGAAAUUGACCAAUCUAAAUGCGUGGAAUACGUUUUUGGACGAGCACACUAUCCUGCUUAUGAGUUACAAAUGUGGAAAAGACAGAGGAAACGCCUUUGUUUGGGAAGAGAAGAAUAUAUAUGUAUAUACCAGUCCACGUACUCCUGUCAUUUACAAUAACAGAACAUCCUGUUAUGGAAGAGAAGGGAACGCGCUUAGCGUUGUAUCCACCACAGCCUCACCAUCGUCAUCACAAGCAACAAUUAUAAGCCCAGCAUUCCCUUUGUUGCCAAGACUGGUCAAGUCUCCAGCUAGAUGUCUACGAUUUCGAUAUAGAAUUUGGGGUUCUGGAGCGAGAGUAUUGAAAUUAUAUCAAAUCUUAGACGACAAAAUGUUCCCAAGAAGACUGAUAUGGAUGGAUGAUGAUAACACGUCUGGUGGUUGGAAGGAAGGCCAGGUCGCUUUCUCGGCCAUAACUGACUAUAAGCUGGUCAUUGAGGGCCAAACUUCAAAUUUACCAGGUCUGAUAUCAAUUGGGGCCUUGCAUACCACUGAAGAAUACUGUGCUAUCCUACCUACUUCAGCAGAAAAAGCCUGCAGUAAAGUCUUCACAAACCCCUCGGGCAUCAUCACGUCUCCAUGCUAUCCGAGCUACUAUUGGAACAACGCUAGAUGCAACUCCACCAUCAAAGCCAAGCAAGGUCACGUGAUUCGUCUAGAUAUUGAUGAGUUUGAGCUGGAAAUGAGUACACGGUGCGAGAGUGCCUCACUGGAUGUGUAUGACAGGAGCACACGAAUUGGUCGAUAUUGUGGAAUAAGCUACCCACCAAUUAUUCAAUCGACUUCAAACCAACUUUCAGUGAUUUUCCGAUCAAAUGCACAAAUUUCCCGUGUAGGGUUCAUGGCCACUUAUCGGAUUCUGAAAGAUAAUGAUACAAGUAACGACUGCUUACAAGACUGCCCAGAUGAAUGUGAAUGCCGAAAGUUAUCAGAUGGCAGAAUAGUGGUCUCAUCGCGAAGUCUUAAUGCAGUUCCUCGUCGACUUCCACAUGAAACAUCUGUUGUCUUAUUUUCUGGAAACAGAAUUUUUCAACUAAAAAGCAACACCUUCGCCAAUCUUCAGAAGUUGGCUUUCAUAGACCUUAGUUUCAACAAGAUAAUUCGCAUGGACAAGCAUGCUUUCUUUUCACUACCAUCACUCCAUACAUUGAAACUGAACAUGAACUUUAUGAAAGAUAUCAAGAAGGAAACAUGGAGCGCAGUUGGUACAUUACAAAUCAUGAGUAUUGGAGACAAUCUGAUUUCUUCCAUUGGAAACGAGACAUUUUUGGGCUUACGAGGUUUGAAAGCAUUAAGUCUUCGUGGAAACUUGAUCAGGUUCCUUCAUGUUGAUGCUUUUCAUAACAAUACGGAAUUGAAUUCCCUGUAUCUACAUGGCAAUGAGAUUCAAGAAAUCCUUCCUGGUCUUUUUCGCAACCAAAAGAAGUUGAGAGUGUUGUAUCUUCACAGCAACAAGGUUGAAACAUUUAGAAAAUCAUCAUUCAAAGGACUCUCGCUUCUUGAAAAACUAACGCUUAACAACAAUACAAUCAAAGAAUCAAAAAUACCACAUGACGCCUUUUCAGAAAUGACCAGCCUGAAACACCUACAAAUAGACAGUUUCAUCCUGUGUUGUUAUGCUAAAAAGACUAUCCCAACACUAAUAACAUGUGAAUCCCAAGGAAAUGGUUUUUCCAGCUGCAACGAUAUGCUGAAAAGCACCGUUAUUCGUGUUGCAAUAUGGAUACAAGGCUUGUUUGCUUCGUUUGGUAACCUGGCUGUCAUUGCAAUUUGGACGGCGACUUCAGACAAAAAGGAUUCGACAAAAACAAUAAGAAAUACACCGAAUGUGCAAUCUCUACUUUUAAGACAUCUGGCUUUGGCUGAUCUCCUUAUGGGCAUAUACUUGCUCUUCAUAGCGAUACAGGAUGCCUUAUGGAAAGGGGAUUACGUGGAUCAUGACGUUGAGUGGCGUUCGGGAAUCUCGUGUCAGAUAGCAGGAGCCAUAUCGACGUUGUCUAGCGAAGUCUCGAUACUUAUGCUAGUUGUCUUGACUGCAGACCGAUUCAAUACCAUCGUCUUUGACUUCAGAGCUAAACGUCUGACCUUGAAAACUGCUCGUUGUCUUUGCCUCCUCGUUUGGAUCAUUGGAGCAGCCAUAGCAUUCACACCGUUAAUUGCAACAACCUACUUUCACGAUGAAACAACUGGGUUCUCAUUCUAUGGAAGGUCGACUGUUUGCAUUCCUUUUCAGCUUUCCUUAGACAAACCCGCAGGAUGGGAGUACUCCGUUGCUAUUUUCAUGGCUUUCAAUGGCGUAGCAUUUUUCUUUAUUCUUUUUGCUUAUGUAGCAAUAUUCAUUAAAGUUCAGCGGUCCGCCAAAAGAGUCAAGUCAACGAGAGACUCUACCUCUCUGGGCACUAAGAUCAUGUUUAUUGUCCUCACUGACUUUUGUUGUUGGAUGCCUGUAAUCGUUCUUAGUGCUCUGUCACUCAUUGGAGAAUUCCGCGAUUCAACAGGGCAAGUAUAUGCUGUGAUUGCUGUUUUUAUCCUUCCAGUAAAUUCCUCCAUCAAUCCUGUCAUAUACACAUUUUCUACUCCACAAGCAAGGAACAUAUAUCAUCAACUUGUACAAAGAUUACGAACCCAAUUCCAGAAAGUGUCCUGGAAGCGAGAAGUGACUGCUAUUACUCCAGCAGUCACAGGGAUUAGCACAGAAGGAGGACAACGAGGAUCUGCAGUGCAAGAUGAUCUCGAAAUGAAAGACGUUCAGAUUACUAGAUUUUAGCCAGUAGAGCUGUUCCCAACUGUCUUCUAAUAAUUCAUAGGGAGCAUAUGUUGGACAUUUUAACAUCAGAUUUCAAAAAUCUAUUUCUCAUGGUUUUGAGGUCAUAUUAUAUUAUAGAGCCGUACAUGUAGUCCAUGUAGUUUUCGCAAGAAUGUUGUUGAAGAGAUUGUUCUUGAUUUACUAAUUGGAUAUUCCAAAAUUCAAAAAGGGACUGGUAGCUACAAACGUGAUGGAGUUUGAAGCAAUCAAGAAACGGACGGAUUCCAUGACAUGAAUGAAAGUUUAGUUUCCUUUCAUGAGCUAUAUUUGUCAAAACUGGUUACCAGCGACAAAUUUAGGAAAAAAGAACUCUCCAGGCAAGGAAUACUUUCUAAGAAUAUUUGCCAGGAAAAUAAAAAUUUCCUAAGUAAAAAAAUGCCGUUUUUGAUCCUCAUAACGUUAUAUAACCCUUUUUUGACCUUAAAAACGUUUUCCAGGAACAAAAUUAUUUUUAAAGAAGGAAGGGCGCCGCAUUUGCUUGUCAAAAUUGUCAAAAAUGUAAGCUCAAAACCUUUUUCCCAGGAAAACAUUCGUGCAAGAACACGGUUAUUUAGAAGAACAGACCCCGUCGGCUACUCCUGAGGAGGAGAUCAAUUCUGUGUCUGAAAGCUUUCAGCUUCCGGCACGUACAACAUUUCUUGAAAAAUAACUAUAUGUAUCUUAGUGAUAACUGGACUCGUCAAAACAGAUCUAUAUAGGAUAAACAUAAUCCAACGUUGAUGUGUAAACAGCUGAGCUCAAUAAAUCGAACAGCAAAGUGUAGAAUAUCAAGUCUAUAAAAAUAAUUGACUUAGUUCAAUUAGUCUUGAUUUAAUCACAGGCAACCCAAGCUCAUUACAUAAUAUCUAUAUGUGGCUUCAACGGUCAAAAUUUGAUUUCUUUAAGUUUGUGUUUUUAAGAAUAAAAAUGACUCACCUUGAUAACUUGUUGUGUCUUUUAUCAU